GCCCGGCCGGUCCACCCCACCUUUUUUCUUCUCUUUCUUCUUUAUUUCUCUUUUCUUCGCUGCCACGGCUCUUCGUUUCACACAUCUUCUUCGCCGACUUCAUUCAUCGUAACGACCAGCAUGCGUUUCUCGACUUCCCUGUUCUUCGCGCUCCUGCUCUCAAUCCCCUCGUUCGCGGCCCCGGUGCCCGUACCCGGAGAGGAGGAUUCCGUCUCGCUGGAAGCCCGCGCGGCGAAGGCCAAGGUCAAGGCAAAGCCGAAACCUGUCGUCAAGCCGAAACCUGUGGCAAAGCCCAAACCCGCCGCAAAGCCCAAACCAGCUGCGAAGCCCAAACCUGCAGCGAAGCCCAAAACUGCAGCAAAGCCUAAACCCGCAACGAAAGCUCCUGCGAAGAAGGCACCCGCUAAGGCUCCGGCGAAGAAGGCACCCGCUAAAGCUCCAGCGAAAGCGCCAGCAAAAGCACCCGCGAAGGCGCCAGCGAAGAAGACACCCGCAAAGGCACCAGCCAAGGCCCCCGCUAAAAAGGCACCAGCGAAAGCACCAGCGAAAGCACCAGCGAAAGCACCAGCGAAAGCACCAGCGAAAGCACCAGCGAAAGCACCAGCAAAGACCGCUAAAGCUCCAGCGAAGGCCCCGGCUAAAGCUCCGGCAGCGAAGAAGACACCCGCAAAGAAGGCAACACCUGCGAAGAAGCCGGCCACCAAAUCGGCUGCUGCCAAGAAGCCUGCCGCCUCAGCAAAGAAAGCUGCGCCCAAGACCCCAGCCCCCAAGAAGCCCGCUACUGGCGCAGCUUCAGCUAAGAAACCAGCAGCAUCCAAGGCAACGGCUCCCAAAGCGACGACCCCCACGACCAAGACACCCGCCGCUUGCGCACUCCCGGGCAAGACCGCCGCCGCGCCCAAGAAGACCGCCGUCCGCCGCUUCCUCGAAUACGUUGGUGUCCUCUCGAUCCGCGCUGACGUCGACCCAUCGUGCACCCCACCCCCACCAACGACCAAAGCUGACAAAGCCGCGGCUAAGGCAUCCAAGGCAGCAGAGAAAUCCGCGAAGGCCGCAUCCAAAUCCGCUGCCGCUGCUGCUGCUGCUGCCAGUGCCGAGGCUCUCAAGAGACCUGUCGGUGCUGUCGCCAAUGCUCCCUCCCGCUCCGUCCAGUGCACGAACAAGGAUGGUGGCUUGACUGAGAUCCCUGUUGGCAGCCUGAACACAGCUAUCCGUCUCGCCCAAGCAGGCCCCCUCAUCACUACAAAAAACGCAGCCAAAUUUCCACAUGUGUUCGCAAACCGCGAAGGUGUUAAGGUGUUCGGAGGCUGCGCUGGAAAGACCCUAGAGGAGCACGCUGUUGGGGUCAGCAUGGCCGGAUUCAAGAAUGUGCCUUCAGUUAUUUCGACAGAAGCCUUCAACCAGUUCCGCGUUCUCAUCACCACACCAGACGCGACUGGCGCGACAACGUUCUGUGGUGUCAUGACCCAUGGGACUAGUACGACGGGAACAUUCGAUAAGGAUUUGUGUGCAGAGGUGUAA